UUCACACGCUCAGUUGCCUUCGCGACACCAUCACAGUACCACGCGAACAUGGCGGGUGCAGAACUUUGUUUAUUUAUUGUACUAAUACUUCAAGUUAAAGGGGAUCCGGAUCCUCAGUUAGACUUACCACCGAUACCCCAAGUUUCGACGCAGAGGAAUUUUGGAUACGGUCUCCUCUCAAGCACGCCAAAUAAUUUCCAGUAUAGUACUCCCCGACCUGUUUCGAGCACUCCAGGAGUAUUUCCAGUGUCUUCCACCCCUUAUAAUACGGGGAUUAGUCCUGAUAUUAAUAAUAAUGGAUAUCCUAGUCUGGAUUACGGGAAUAGAAGGAAUCCGAGCUCAACUGGACGUCCUUAUGACAAUGACGAUAGGAUAGAUGUGAAUAAUGAUCCAAAUUUUAGAAGGAACGAUCCAGGCUUCGCUCGGAAUGACCCUAAUUUUGUUGGAGCGAAUCCUUACGACAUAAGAGGGAACGGGAUAGAUGAUAGGUUGGAGAGAGUGAAUUUACAGCAAGUGAGGGAGUUUCUGGCUCAGGCGGAUGAGCAGGCGUCGAAGGAGUGCACUAAUAAUGUGGCUGCCCAGUGGAACUUUGAGACUGAAGUUACUGAUGCUACCCAACAUGCUGCGUUGGACGCUCAACAGCGCUACACGCUCUUCCAGAGAGGCCUCUGGGAAACUGCCCAGCAAAUACCUAAAGGGGGCAUCAGGGAUUUCCCCACACACAGACAGCUGCGCCUGCUGUCCAUUAUAGGACCCGCGGCGCUGCCACCGGAUCAACUUGACAGGUACAACCGCCUCAUCAACGACAUGCUGGCAGUCUACAAUAACGCCGAAAUCUGCGCGUACAACGAGCCCUUCAAAUGCGGUCUUCACCUCCAACCUGAGCUCCAACACAUCAUGUCACACUCACGAGAUUGGGACGAGUUGCAACAUGUCUGGACCGAGUGGAGAAGGAAUACUGGAAGGAGGAUUAGAGAUCUUUAUGAGCAGUUGGUUGAAUUAACGAAUCAUGCUGCUCGACUUAACAAUUUUACUGACGCCUCUGCUUACUGGAUGUUCCCCUACGAGUCACAGAACAUGAGACAGGAAGUCGAUGAAGUUUGGGAACAGAUCAAACCCCUCUACGAAGUCCUGCACGCCUACGUCCGCCGUCGCCUCCGCGAGGCCUACGGCCCCGAGCGCAUCUCCCGUUCGGCCCCUAUCCCAGCGCAUAUUCUUGGAGAUAUGUGGGGACAGAGCUGGGCAGGCAUAGUCCCGUUCACACUACCAUACCCUGGGAAGAACCUCCUUGAUGUUACAGCUGAAAUGAACCAACAGGGCUUCACCCCACUGACGAUGUUCCAACUGGCCGAAGAGUUCUUCGUCUCCAUGAACAUGUCCGCCAUGCCUGCAGACUUCUGGCCCUUGAGCGUGAUCGAACAGCCCCCAGACCGUCAUAUCCACUGCCAGCCUUCAGCUUGGGACUUCUGCAACAGACAUGACUACCGCAUCAAAAUGUGCACCCACGUGGACAUGAAGGACCUGAUCACCGCCCACCACGAGAUGGCACAUAUCCAGUAUUUCCUGGCUUACAGGAACCAGCCUAAGGUGUUCAGAGACGGGGCUAACCCAGGAUUCCACGAGGCCGUAGGCGAAGCGAUCGCCCUCUCGGUCUCCUCCCCCCGCCACCUCCAGACCUUAGGCCUCGUCCAACGCUCCGUGGCCGACACGGCCCAUGACACCAACUAUCUUUUCACACAAGCAAUGGACAAGCUUGCCUUCCUACCGUUCGCGUUGUCGAUGGAUAGAUGGCGCUGGGAUGUGUUUACGGGCGAAGUGAGGAAGGAGCAAUACAACUGUCAUUGGUGGAGGUUGAGGGAGCAGUACCAGGGCAUCAAGCCGCCAGUCCUCCGCUCCGAGCUGGACUUUGAUCCUGGUUCCAAGUACCACAUUCCUGCCAACAUUCCCUACAUCAGAUACUUCGUUAGCACAGUGCUUCAGUUCCAGAUCCACCGAGCAUUGUGUGAAAGAACAGGCCAGUUCAUUCCUGGAGACGAGACCAGGCCUCUCCACAAGUGUGACAUCUACAGGAACCCUGAGGCCGGAAGGAUUCUGACACGCCUGAUGGAGCGAGGAUCCUCCGUACCCUGGACCCAGGUUCUGCAGGAGAGCAUCGGCGAGUCCCGCCUCAGCGGAGAAGCUCUCAGGGACUACUUCAGACCCCUGGAGGAGUGGCUGAGGAGCGAGAACCUCAGGACUGGGGAGUACCUGGGCUGGAGUUAUGAUGGAGACUAUUGCAAGUUUAGCAUUGAAACAGCGGGUCUGCAAGUCUACGGUGGCUUCUACAACGCCGCCAGCCGUCACGACCUCAAGCACUUCGCUGGACUGCUCCUCAUCUCCUUCUUCACCACCGUUUACAUUCGGUGGUGAUUUCGACAUGACUUCACUCUCACUGAACUCCUGAUUAGCAACUUUUUUAUCACUUUUGGAGUGCGGUGUUGAUUUAGAUUUGACCUGACGUACUUCGCUAACCUCUGCUUAGCUCUGUUUUAUUGUUUAUCUUUUCACUGUUAUUUUCACAAUUUUCAUUCUGUGUUUACCUAUCGUGUUUUACGUAAUAGCAGAUAAUAAACAUUUCUCAUCUGGAUUUAUUUUCUGAUAUUCGCAAGAAAAAUUAGAGAGAAAGAAAUCUAUAUUAUCCAUUAUAACUGACCGUUAUGCAGUACUUAUUAUAAUAACAAACGAAGCAGUGUAAGUGUUUUAAUUCACAAAUAUAAUAUGUAAUAAUAACUUUAAGACACACGAAAAAAGUUAUUUUUAAUAAGUAGCUUGAAAAGAUUACUCUAAUUAAUAAUGAGCAUUACAAAAUUACCUAUACUAUUAUACCGUUUUGGAUUUUGAUCUUGUUAGAGUUAUUUUAUAGGUUAUUGAAUUUUUAUAUUUUUAUUUUAAUAUGAAAUUUUAUCCUCGAUAACGAUAUUAUCAAUAUUUAUAAAUGAAUGACAUGUAGUUAAAUAUUUAUAUCAAAGUGGCAAUUUUCAUAAUGGAUCGUAGUUUAUAUCAAGAGAGGUGGGAGUUUUAUUAAGUAAUAAUAUUCAGGGUUAAUAAUGUAAAUAAAUAGUAUGUAGUUCAGUUUUUUUGUAAAUAUCUUUAUAAUAUCACGAGAUUUAUAAUAUUAUAGUUUAUUGUGAUGUUAAAUACAAUAAUACUAAAAUAGA